CGCCAAUUUAGUCCUCAAAUUAUUUCACUAAAGCCGAUUUGGUCCCUUAACAUUUUAUCGCAUGAAUUAAGUCCCUUAAUUAAAAUUCUUGUGUCAAUUAAGGACCUAUACGGUAUCGCCACCCAAAACACAUGUUUCUGUACACAAACCAACGGCGAGGCAGGGGCUUUUUUGGAAGUAAAAAAGUACGAUUUCUAUGGGAAGCAAGACACUAACCAUUUUGUUCUUGCCUGUUCCAUGCUAAAACCCAAUACAGUAUCUGUCACAGUUUCAUUCCCUCUCUUUCUAUCUUCCUUGCUGAAAUUCUGGAAAUCAUUUUCAUUAUUCCUAAAACCCAGAAGAGAAAAAGGAAAAUCUUUCUGUCAAAAUUAAGAAAAUUCAACACCAGCAUGAUUAGUCCUUAAGUUCACAAAACCCAGAUGUUUAAUUGCUACCACAAUAACAAAGCAAACUUCACUGAGGCAUUUCAUCGAACACCUUUGCCACAUUUAAUCAGUACUAGCAAUUUUGAUCAUCCGUUACAGGUAUGUCAGAAUUAGUUGGAAUCGAUUUGGACCCUGAGGACUUUGCCUCCUCACUUCCCUUAAAAAAGGUCCCAUACGGCAAUGUUUAUGAGGCUUCCAGGGCCGGCGACGUUGACCAGUUGAAGUACUUGUUGGAGUCCGGCGUCAACGUAAAUGCUCGGGACCAAUGGGAUUCGGUGGCCCUUUACUACGCUUGCCUUGCGGGGCAUUUGGAUGCAGCUAGGAUGCUUUUGGAAAGCGGGGCCAUUUGCUCCGAGCACACGUUUGAUGGCGAUCGCUGUCACUAUGCCGCGCUUAAUCUUAAAGUUAGGAAGCUAUUGAAAGCGUUUGAAGCUCGCCCGCCUCCUUUGGGGCCUUUGCAGGCUGCAUUGAGGGAGACCUUCUUGGGGUGUUGGGCUAAUAAGGCUUAUUUGGAGCAACUGGAUAGCCAAGCUCAAUUUCCAAUUCCAGGUCUGAUUUGAAUAUUUUGUUUUUGUUCUUGCCUAUUUCCAAUUCCUGUUUUUGAAGGUUAACCCUUGAGCAAGCCAGCGCUGUCGGAGGUCUUAAGGCUAAGAAAUUGAGGGGAUCGCGUGGUAUGAAGCGGCCUGACUUGCUCGGGAAUAAUAGCGAGAAUGCCGGGGAAGGAGUGAAAGGCGUGAGCUUGGGAAACAGUGAGCUGAGCAGAGAAGCCGUGGAAGACGGUGUUGUAGGUGUGGACAAGAAGAGGAGGGGGAGUGGUAGCAGCAGUGGUGGAAUCAUGAGAUGAGCGGAGAGAGGUGAGGGAGGACUCAUACCAGUGCUGAUGAGUGGGGAAGAUGGAAGGCUUAGCAUCGGGGUGAACUCGAACGAUGAUCGUCUUGCGCUCUCUUUCAGUGACUAAGACAGGGGAUGUUGGGAGGUGUAGGAGGAGUAAGAGAAACAGUGUAGCAGGGAAGAGGGGAAGAUUGGAAGAGAUGGCCAUUUAAUUUAACUGCUACUAGCAUUUAGGGAGGAGGAAGAGAAUGGUGGGAGAGGGGUGGAUUUUUUGUUAUGUAGUACACUGAAACUCCUCACUACACUGAGUUUUGAGCUCGGAUGAGUGGGAAUAAAUGGUAUCUUGCUUCCCGUAGAAA